CUCUUUCCCAUCCCACAACAUGCAAGGCAGCUGCCUCUGCGGCGGCGUCACAGUCCGCAUACCAUCGCAGCCGGGGCUCGAGCUGUGCCACUGCACCCACUGCCGCCGGCAGUGCGGGACGGGCACGUUUUUCUCCGUCGCGCCCUCCGAUCUGCUAGUUACAGGGGAAGUGGCGGAGUACGCUGGGACGAGCGACGCCGGCAACGAGCUCAAGUGGUAUUGGUGCCCGGUGUGCGGUGGAAAGGUGUACCAGACCUCGAGCGGAUUCAAGGACGUGUCGGUGCAUGCGGGCCUCUUCCCAGCGGGCACCAUACCUCGGCCUAAUCGCGAGAUAUGGCUGCGAUCCGCGGAGAAGUGGUAUAAGCCGUACCCCGGAGCGGACGCGCACGAGAAGGGAUAGCAGCGUGUGGCAGUGUGGCACCGCCUCGUGUGUGAUCAGGACUGAGAGCAUAUAUACCUGAACGCCUGCGUUUCGAGUUGCGCCAAUUCGCUUCAGGCUCCAAGCUCAUGCAUGUCGCUGUCGGAGG